AUGUACAUCACCCUCUACUACAUAGUCACCCGGCUCCCUGACACCCUUCGCCCGGUCAGGGACCACUUCCUCUCUGUUUGCCCCACCACCCUCACCGUUGACUUCCUCAAGGAGCGCCUUCUAGCGGCAGAGAAGAGCAUAGUCGCUGUAGGUGCUUCUCGUGGUGACCCUCGUACCCCUGUCUUUGAGGGGUGCUCCCCCUCUCCCCUCUUGCCCUCUGUUGCCUCUGCUGCUGCGGCCGACCUCGUUGGUCUUGAGUCGGUCGCUGCGGCGUCUGCCCCUAGCGGGAGACGCCGCCCUGGCAAGGGCAAGGGGGGCAAGGGUGCUGGAGGAGCUAGCGGGGGCGGUGGAGGCAGAGGUGGAGGUGGUGGAUGGGGUGGGGGUGGCGGUGGGGGUGGUGGCGGGGGUGGGGGCGUCGGUGGCGGGACUGGAGGUGGAGGUGGAGGCGGCGGUGGCGGUGGGAGCGGAGGUGGCGGAGGUGGCGGUACUGGAGGAGGUAGCGGCGGAGGCGGUGGAGCUGGUCGGGGUGGCGCUGCGCAGAGGGGUGGCUCCGGUGGUGGUGCGCGCCAGCAGCAGCAGCAGCAGCGUACCCGUGAGACCCCUUCCCCCCAGCAGCUUCGUGAGUGGUACGCUGCUCGUCAGCGGGGCGGGGGUGCUGGCCCCUGUACCUACUUCCCCGACGCUACUGAGAUCCCUCGCUGGGGCGAGCUGUCUAGGGCGGGUGUUGCAAUCUAUGAUCUUGAUUUUGAUGCUAUUCUUGCUGCCAUGUAUGCUGUGACUAUUAGUGAUGAGGGUGACUGUUACCGGUGUUUCCCGCCUGACCCAGGCAUAGAGGCUGCUGCGCUAGGUACUUGUGAGGCUGCUGCUCUAGGUGCCAGUGCGUCUGCUGCCCCAGGUGCCGGUGAGUUUGCGCUCUCAGGUGCUGCGUCGUCCCCGGACACCCACACCUUCACCCUUGACUCGGGUGCUUCCCGCUCCUUCUUUCGAGACUGCACCACUCUCACACCGCUCAGUCGGCCUGUUGCGGUCUCCCUGGCGGACCCCUCUGGGGGUCCUGUCUGUUAA